UCCAGGCUGCCAAUCUGUCUUGAAAAUACAUCAUUCCAUGGAGACUUUCCUGAAUAGUCCUGUAAAACUAUCUCCACCUCUAUUCCUUGGCUCCGCACGUUGUCCAAUAGAAUGUUUAUUGCUUGUUCUGCGGUCUCACCCUCUUAGUUCCUUAAAAUCCACUGAGUUCACAGGGGGACUUUUGCCAUCUACCAGGAUUCUCCUACCACCCCCUCCACUCAGCCAGCCACUGCUCUUCCUUUGGCUCUGCCUCAAGGAGGCCCUUCCUGCCCACCCUGUUCAAGGCAGUGCCUUUUGGAACUUAGUCUUAAAAAUGAAUCCAGUUGUUUCGCAGCCAGGAUAUGGUACAGCAGGGAGUAUGAUGAAUAGCGACUGGCAAACUGGCAUGUUUGACUGCUUUGAUGACCUGGGGAUUUGCCUCUGUGGGGCUUUCUGUCCCCUGUGCCUUUCGUGCCAGAUCGCCUCCGACAUGAACGAAUGCUGCCUGUGCGGAGCGAGCGUCGCCAUGAGGACCUUGUACCGGACGCGCUUCGGCAUCCCGGGAUCUAUUUUCAGUGAUUUCCUAUGGCUGGGAUGUUUCCCUCUAUGCACCCUUUGUCAACUCAAGCGAGAUAUUGAAAAAAGAAAAGCAAUGAAUGCUUUCUAAAAGGCACUUGGUCACAUUCACAAUGUGGUGAAAGAAAUGCUAGAAUGAUAUACUACAUCUGUUGAGUGCUAUCUCACCCCAAAUCUUAGAAACUAAUUCAACUAAUCCUGUGGUUUCCAAUGGCUUCAAGACAUUUUUAAUUUCUAGUUUAUUUCAGAAGAAAUAUAUUUCCAGUGCUGUUCUGGAUGACUGCUAUUAAAAAAUUAAUGUCCUUGGG